CCAUUCCAAUAUAUAAUAAUAAUAAGAAUAAGUAAUUAAAUCAAUAAGACAGAAGAGAAGUGAGCAAUUAAUGAAUGGCAGGUACAAGGAGAUUAGGCGUUGCUGUGGACUUCUCACCAUGUAGCAUUAAGGCACUAAAAUGGACAUUGGAUAACAUCGCAAGAGAAGGGGAUCACAUCAUUCUCGUUAUUAUUCGACCUGAACAAUACGAGCAUGGCGAAAUGCAGCUCUGGGCAGUUACUGGCUCACCUCUCACACCUCUGGCUGAGUUCUCUGACCCAACACUCUUCAAGAAAUAUGGACUCGAAUCCAAUUCUGAAGUAAUUAAUAUUGCCACGUCUGCUGCGAACCAAAAAAAAGUUGUGGUACUAGUGAAGAUAUAUUGGGGAGAUGCUCGUGAGAAAUUAUGUGAAGCAAUUGAACAUAUACCUCUUGAUAGUCUUAUCAUGGGAAACAGAGGUCUUGGUACCAUCAAAAGGGUUAUAAUGGGCAGUGUUAGCAACUACAUAGUGAAUAACGCUUCGUGUCCAGUUACUGUGGUGAAGAGUUCAGAUUAACAUCAUUAAUUGUUUUUCUAAUUUGAUUUGAUGUAAGAAUGAUAAACUAUGUACCUGUUUUGAUGUCUUUGGCAGCUUGUAUAUAGUUUGUAGUAUUGUAAUUACCUCUGGGUUCAUAAUUAAUGAACUCGUGAGUUUAAGGUAUAAUAAUCGAAUCUUCGAAAUGUUUGCCUGAGGGGUAAAAUUGACCCCUUAUCAUGUUUCAUUUCAAUAUCA